CUACAAAUGGUCUUGAGGUAAGACAGUUUCAACAAUUGCCCAAGCGUUUCACAAAGUUCUCGGGAAGCCUACUCACAACCGCGCAACCGCGAUCACCGGUUGAAUCAUUCUUUGUGUUUUUUUGGAUCGCACUGCAACCAUCACUCACAACGAGCACAAAUCCAUCUUUUCGACCACCUUGAGAGAUCUCCGAAUAGAUAGACGAGGUAGCAUAUCAGGUAUAUCGAUCCCACAGCACACACGAUCUCUCUCUCUCAUUCAGUUAGCCAACCGAAGUGAUCCCAAUCAUCAGCAUCUCUGCCGUUUCCAGUCUCUUUAGCUCUCUCUCUCUCUCAUCUGGACCCAACCUUUCAAUCCCAUCUUUGGCUGCAUCGCAUCCCAUCACCUCUCCAUCACUGUGUUCCCCAUCACAGCUCCAUCCACUGCAGUACUGUACCCCACAAAGGCAGUCAGUCACCCAGUCCAUCCAACUUGUUAUAAAACACUGACAAUAGCAUGUCCGGCAGCCACCCUCAUCCGAACGGCAACGGCCAAUCCGGCAAUGGCAGUAACGGUCUUCAGUUCCAACCUGGCGUGGACGAUCCCAACAAGCUCAAGCGAUUUCUCGUGGGCGUCGUGGAACAGUACAACACGCUCAAGCAAGGAGGACCGUUGACCAAUGGUGGCGCUGGUAUGAAUAAUGGUGGUAUGAAUAAUGGCAAUAAUAAUAAUGGAGCCAUGGCAGCGCAAUUGGCAGCUCUGAAUGCGGCACAAGGAGCGGGAGGUGGCAUGUCCCAUCAGAUCGCAUGAUGAUGGCCAUGAUGGCGCAGCAGCAACAACAAGCCAGCAACAAGCCAACAGCAGCAAGCCAAAUGCUUGCCGCU